AUGACCCUGGCAGAUUUGGGCCGCAAAAAAUUUGUUUCACAGAGUGCUCUCAGCGAAUUGCUGAAGGAACUGAAAUCAUUAGAUGAACUGCCUGCUGCUACAUCCAGAUCCAGCGUCAAACGUGCCCGGGAUGAGAAGAUGAAGAUCCAUACGCCAGUUGGGCCCUUAUUUACAACCAGAAGUCUGGCUGCGAACGAUGGUGCAGGCCACAUGCCAAAUGAUUAUGUUUGUAAGUUCUACGCAUACUAUUGGUCACUGAUCCAGCACGGUCAGCGUGGCUUAACCAGGGAAGAUUUGUGGCACACAGUAUCUAUAGUUCGCAGCAACAACGUGGGAAGGCUGCAGGGAGGUGUCAGUUGUUUGACGAAGGUCAUCACCCAGCUCUUUACUCCUCUGGAAUCAGGACUCCUUCUCACACUUCACAGUGGACGCAAAGUCUUCUUGUUUGGACGCCUUCGGUGUCUCAUCGGAGACGAAGCCGCCUUAAAGGCGAUGUGGGCUGUCAAGGGAGCAGCUGGUACCCUGCCCUGCCUGUUCUGUUGGAACGUAGUGCAGGCCCGAAGCGACCUCCAUCUGUCGGAUCCCAGCGGCACUUUAGUCCCCCACACGUGUUUUGACAUAGGGCAGCUGCAGCUACGAACCGAUGCUGAAUUGGCCGCAGCGGCCUUGAUGUUGUCAUCUGAGAAGCCACUCCGUACAAAGAAAGCUUUUGAGACCCUGGAACAAUCCCUAGGGAUAAAUUUCAAUCCCGACGGUAUGCUUUUCCAUCCGGACUGUCCUCUCAAGCCCAUUGAGCACACUAUGUUUGACUGGCUGCAUGUAUAUCUUGUCAAUGGAAUAUUUCAAUGUGAAAUCAAUUUGCUGCUCCCUGUUCUCGCGGCAAAUGGCCGAAGUCAUGCAGCUCUUUGUCAGUUUAUGAAAUCUUUCCAAGCUCCACAAGAUCAGAAGUCGAAUCUCACCGGUGCCAUCAAAACCUUUGAGAAAUCCAAGACAAAAGACGGUUGGAAACCCUUCGCCAGUGAAGUUUUGUGCACAUACCCAUUGCUCAGGCUGUUUGUCAUGGAUACUGCGUUUGUCCAGGAAGGACAUAUUCUGAUGGCCUCAUCCUUUCUACUCCUCUGUCGAAUAUUGGAUCUGCUUUCCAUGAUCGGAAAGGAUGUGCAGGUAGAUGCUGUGACGUUGGAAGGUCUGAUCCAGCGUCAUCUGACAGCGUUUAAGAACGCUCACGGUGAAGACGAACUUGUGCCCAAGUUCCAUUAUGCUCUACACUUACCGCCCCUACUAAGACAGCAUGGCCUUCUCAUAUCAUGCUGGACGCAUGAACGCAAACACAAAUCGCUCAAACUUUUCGCGAACCAAGUUAGCAACGCCGGAACUUGGUACGAGAUGUCGGUCUUGCGAGAAGUGACGCACAGUGCCAUCAACUGCAUCCUGGACUUCAAACCCAGCGACAUCAGGUUGCAGAAGCCAAAGCCAUCCAGGAAGAUGAAGUGCGCAAUCCUUGAGUUGGAUUUUUUAAGGUGCAUGGAUGGUGCUUUUGUUGCCACUGUGGCAGACAUUCACGGCUUGACUUGUCAUGCAGGUGAUGUGGCACUGCUACGUUUGGACGGUAGCAUGCAGAAGUCACGUGCUCGUGGAUGCAUCGAUCCCGCAGAGGCUGAUAUCACUCACACCCAGGCCUUGGUCCAAGCCCAGGUGGACACGCUGGGUCACGACGAAUCAUUUGACCGUCAACAAGUCCUUGGGGUACAGGCUGAGAAUUGCAAGCGUCACCUUCGGCAGCUGAAAACCAUUUCCGCAGAGGAAUGCUUUGAGCUGCAGGACCUCAUCUUCAAGGGUCCUUGGAGUGCAGAGAUGAAGACCAGCAUGGUCAACAUCCUGAACGAUGCUUCCCGAGAUGAGGGUGGGACCGGAAGCGAGGGCAAGCAGUAUUGCCCAGCAUUUGUGGCAUUUCUGAGCAAGAGUGAUGUUCAGAAACUAAACGAUCCAGACAUGGGCAACAUGAUGAAGAUUCAGGUCCUGGCAGAACGCACCCUGAACAUUGGCUUCUUCAGGCCAACUGAGCCGGGGUACAAGAUCAUUCUUGCUGCCGGUUGUGCCAAUGGCAUGACGGUGCAGCCAAGCGAGAACCUGCCCUUCAUCAACGAGUUGAAGCGCUUGGUCCGUGGAGGUGCGAAGAAGCGCCCCAAGCCCAGCCCAUGGUUGCUCAGGUUUCCCAACCAGCCAAGUGAACUUCCUCCUGCUCUCUUGGAGUCAGCAUAUGCUGCUGACGACCCACCAGUGUCUCUUCAAAACGUGGCAGAGGCAGCUGCCUUGAAAGCAUCCGUAGAUCUUGGGUGCCGCAAGUCAAAGAAGGCAUUGCAUGAAAAGACAGAGGCUUCCUCUUGGUCUAUGGUUCCAGCCACUCCUGCUUCGGCAAUGGGCGCAGGCAUUCAGAUGGGAAUGCCCGGCAACAUGCAGAACCAGAUGCAGGGAAUGCAGGGGAUGCUCCAGAUGUGCCAGAUGAUGGCCUCAAAUCCAAUGCUGUUCCAGAUGAUGAACAUGAUGGCAAACAGCGGGCAGCAAGAGAUUCCCAUCACCAUGAUUGGGAAGCGAAGUGACCGUGCAUCGCCCUCAUGCCCUGGCACACCAGCAUCGUCUCCGAAGAAUGACUCGCAGGAGCAAGAGGUUCCGCCCAGUGAACCUGAAGCGAAGGCCGCGGAGGCACCGAAAAUUCCUUUGUUCGAUUUGGGUGCGCCAGACGAGAAAGACUUGGAGUCAGAUCUUCAGAAAAAGGCUCAAUCGAUGGUCGCCAGCCAGGCGAAGGUUAUGGAGAGAGCCCUCGAAGAACGGGCCAUGAAAAAACCAGCCACAUGCAAUCCAAAGGCAAAGGCCAAGUCGACCGCAAGCAAGUCAGAGACGAAGGCAAUCAAGAAAGAUCAGGAAGGCGGUCUCAAAAUGGAUCGCAAAAACAUCCACUCUCGCACGUACACAGCGGCGAAGCUCAAGUUCUUGAAGCAAGGCUUCAAGUUGGAGGACGCAGUUGAGAAGGCAAGUGCGGUGGCGGCAAACGAGCUGAAGAAGCACGGCUUUGUGCCCCAUCCAAAGAACCGGCCAAACAAGAAGAAGUGA